CCCCACCCUUCCAAAAAAGAAAAAGAAAAACUCAUCCUUCUCUUCCUUACAGCCAUGGCGAUGUCGACUGCGGAUGGUCGAGAUGCCAUCUAAACAACGCCCAACCAUCAACGGUCCGAGGAGCCCAAUAUAACAGCGAAAGCGGGGCAGUCGAGCACUCCAGUCCACCUCCGUUCUCUGUUUCAGUGUCUUGUUCCCUCUCCCCGAUCUCGACUCCUCCUCGUGCACUCCGCCGCCACCAGAUCGAGGUCGCAGCUGGACUUUGGAGCGGCCAUGAGUUCAGACGCCAGAGAUGUAUGUGUUGUUGGGGUUGCACGCACCCCUAUGGGUAGUUUCCUUGGUGGCUUGUCUUCCUUGCCUGCUACGAAACUUGGCUCUAUAGCAAUUGAAGCUGCUCUGAGAAGGGCAAAUGUCGAUCCAUCCCUUGUGCAGGAGGUCUUCUUUGGCAAUGUCUUGAGUGCUAACUUGGGGCAAGCUCCUGCAAGACAAGCUGCUUUAGGUGCAGGGAUACCAAAUACGGUUGUUUGCACCACAGUCAACAAAGUUUGCGCAUCUGGCAUGAAAGCGACCAUGUUUGCUGCGCAAUCAAUUCAACUGGGAAUCAAUGACAUUGUUGUGGCAGGUGGGAUGGAAAGCAUGUCGAAUGCUCCGAAAUACAUUGCUGAAGCUAGAAAAGGAUCUCGUUUCGGACAUGACAGCCUCGUUGAUGGCAUGCUUAAGGAUGGCCUUUGGGAUGUAUACGGUGAUUAUGCUAUGGGAGUGUGCGCUGAGCUUUGUGCUGACAAUCAUGCCCUGACGAGGGAAGACCAGGAUGCAUAUGCUAUUCAAAGUAAUGAGCGUGGAAUUGCUGCUCGUGACAGUGGUGCUUUUGCAUGGGAGAUUGUUCCGAUUGAAGUUCCUGUUGGUAGAGGGAAACCUGCAGUGCUUGUUGACAAAGAUGAGAGCCUAGACAAGUUUGACGCAGCCAAGCUGAAGAAGCUACGACCAGCAUUCAAGGAUAAUGCUGGUACUGUUACUGCUGGAAAUGCUUCUAGUAUAAGUGAUGGUGCUGCAGCAUUAGUAUUGGUGAGUGGGAAGAAGGCUCAAGAACUUGGAUUGCAUGUCCUUGCAAGGAUCAAGGGAUUUGCCGAUGCAGCCCAAGCUCCUGAACUAUUUACCACUACCCCAGCACUUGCCAUACCAAAGGCUCUCACGAAUGCUGGCCUAGAGUCCUCCCGUGUUGAUUUUUAUGAAAUCAACGAAGCCUUUUCGGCUGUUGCACUUGCAAAUCAAAAGCUUCUCGGAAUUCCUUCAGAAAAGAUAAAUGUACAUGGAGGAGCUGUAUCUUUAGGACACCCACUUGGGUGCAGUGGUGCUCGCAUUUUGGUCACCCUUCUUGGUGUUCUUAGGGAGAAGAGUGGCAAGAUCGGAGUUGCUGGUGUCUGCAACGGCGGUGGCGGUGCAUCUGCGCUCGUUAUGGAGCUCGCGUAAGGAGCUCUGGCACCAAAGAUGGAGCCUGCAUGUAAAAUGCUAUGUACUGUAUUUCAUAGUGCUGUGUCAGAUUAAGUAAUUGAUUAACUUAGAACUUGUGUGCCGGUUUCUGCUCUUACUUUAGAUUGUUUUUAUUUUCUGUUGUAGCUGUUUUAAGCAUUCUUGGUUUAAUAACAAUAAUAAUAAUUGUUGCAAUAAAGCAUGGUUGUGCUACCAAA